UAGACAGUGAGGAAGAAGGCAUUAGUAGUGAAACGACAAUGGUGGAGUCUAUUCCUCCAUUUAGUGGAUCAACCGUGCUCCCUGAAAGAGCAUCAAUACUCAGUACAACUGAUGAAGAGAGUUCGGGAGAUAGCACUGCCGAUUUCACCAAAGAGUCCAUCAUCACAGAAACUACUAUUUCCUCAAAGUUGAGUACAGAGUCACCCUCAGUUACACCCUCAGGUGAAACUGAAACAAGCGGUACUUUAAAGCAAGGUGUUACUGCUGCUUCAUCUCUCUACAGUACUGAGAAACCAACAUCAGUGUCAACUGAAACACAAGAGACUGCAACCACAAGACAGACUGAGAAACUAUCAUCUACACCAGAGACAAGUUCUACUUUCCCAAAAAUAGAUGAAGAGAGUUCAGGUGAACAGACAACUGAGAUUUCCAGUGGUGGCACUGCAGCUUCUACAGCCUCAUCCUUGUUUAGCACAGAGAAGCCAACAGGACUGCCAGUUAUAGAACAUGACAGUGCAGCCACAAGUCGUACAGAAAAUCCCUCAGUAACGCCUUUUACUGGGAAGGUGGAAGAAAGCUCUGUUGUGACAACAGUAUAUGAAGAUGGCUCUGGUGACCAAACCCAAGAAAUGUUUACUCAGACCUACUCUGUCACAGCUAAAUCCUCUCUCUAUAGCACUGAGGCACCAACAACAGCGUCUCCUGUUACAUCACCUACCUUUUUAGACAGUGAGGAAGAAGGCAUUAGUAGUGAAACGACAAUGGUGGAGUCUAUUCCUCCACUUAGUGGAUCAACCAUGCUCCCUGAAAGAGCAUCAUUCCUCAGUGCAACUGAUGAAGAGAGUUCUGGAGAUAGCACUGCCGGUUUCACCAAAGAGUCCAUCAUCACAGAAACUACUAUUUCCUCAAAGUUGAGUACAGAGUCACCCUCAGUUACACCCUCAGGUGAAACUGAAACAAGCGGUACUUUAAAGCAAGGUGUUACUGCUGCUUCAUCUCUCUACAGUACUGAGAAACCAACAUCAGUGUCAACUGAAUCACAAGAGACUGCAACCACAAGACAGACUGAGAAACUAUCAUCUACACCAGAGACAAGUUCUACUUUCCCAAAAAUAGAUGAAGAGAGUUCAGGUGAACAGACAACUGAGAUUUCCAGUGAUGGCACUGCAGCUUCUACAGCCUCAUCCUUGUUUAGCACAGAGAAGCCAACAGGACUGCCAGUUAUAGAACAUGACAGUGCAGCCACAAGUCGUACAGAAAAUCCCUCAGUAACGCCUCUUACUGGGAAGGUGGAA